CGUCUGUCCAACCUUGAGCUUUAUAAACUUCUUCAAUUGUCUGUCCUGUUCAGUGCCUGGGAAUCCGUCCAAGGCACUCUAGCAAUCAGAAAUCAUGCCUAGUGGACCCCUCAGAACCGCCAUAAAGGUCGAUCUCGACAAGCCAGCGAAGGACCAGCCAUAUUUACACAACAGAUGGCACCCUGACGUCCCCUUCGCUGGAACGAUCAAGAACGGAGAGACCGUCAAGAUUGAGUGCUUGGACUGGACCGGCGGACAGAUCAAGAACAACGACAGCGCAGACGACGUCAAGAACGUCGACUUGACGCAGAUCCACUACCUGUCCGGUCCCUUCGAGAUCGAAACCGCCGAGCCAGGCGACGUUCUCCUCGUCGAGAUCCAAGACGUCCAACCGUUCCAAGACCACCCAUGGGGUUUCACGGGUAUCUUCCACAAAGACAAUGGAGGCGGCUUCCUUGACGAGAUCUACCCAGAGGCUGCCAAAGCCAUCUGGGACUUCGAAGGCAUCUUCUGCUCCUCCCGCCACAUCCCAGGUGUCCGUUUCGCAGGCCUGAUCCACCCGGGCAUCCUGGGCUGCGCGCCAUCCCAUGAAAUCCUCGCCGAAUGGAACAAGCGCGAAGGCGAACUCAUCCAGACAACCACGCUCGAGCGCAUCGUCGCUCAACCCCCGCAGCCUCAGAACGUGCACGCGGGCAGUGCCGACGAAGAGACCAAGACGAAGAUCGGCAAAGAAGGUGCCCGCACGAUCCCAGGUCGUCCGGAGCACGGCGGAAACUGCGACAUCAAGAAUCUAUCGCGCGGGAGCAAGGUGUAUCUGCCUGUGCAUGUCAAGGGCGCCAAAUUCUCUGUUGGCGACUUGCACUUUUCGCAGGGUGACGGUGAAAUCUCCUUCUGCGGCGCCAUCGAAAUCGCAGGCGUCAUCACCGUCAAGGUCGAAGUCAUCAAGGAUGGCCAGGCCAAGCUCGGGAUGGUGGGCGGCAAAUCACCAAUUUACAUCCCGGGUCCUGUCCAGCCGCAAUUCAGCCCCGGACGGAUGAUUUACUUUGAAGGUUUCAGCGUCGAUGAGCACGGCAAACAGCACUAUAUGGAUGCCACGGUCGCGUAUCGCCAGUCCUGUCUCCGAGUCAUCGAGUAUCUCAGACGCUUCGGGUAUAAUGACUAUCAGAUCUAUCUGAUGUUGAGCUGUAUUCCGAUCGAGGGACAUGUGGCGGGCAUUGUCGAUAUUCCCAAUGCAUGCACGACCAUCGGUCUGCCUAUGGAUAUUUUCUCGUUUGACAUUUCACCGUCCGUGGAGGCAAAGAAGUUGGACCUUGGAUCGUGCGCUAUGGCUAGCAAGUAAGCUAGGUGUACAUAUCGGUUGAGCUGGCUAUGAAUCAAAGCGGAGAGAUGGAUCAGAUAUUGUUUGCCCCUAAGACAUGGUAUUCCACCA